CCAGCGCCCCGGGGCCGCCGCGAUGGCGGCGGGUGCUGCGCAGUGCUCGCUGAGGACGAAGCGCCUCCUCCUGGACGCCCGGUUCGAGGGCUACAAGCUGUCCCUGGAGCCGCUCGCCUGCUACCAGCUGGCGCUCGACGCGGCUGUUGCUGAAGUCGCACUUCGGGAUGAUCAAUAUACCCUUGACCACAUGCGUGCCUUUGGCAUGUUUAAUUAUCUUCACCUGGAUUCCUGGUACCAGGAUAAUGUCUACUACAUUGACCAAUAUGGAAGGGUUAUGAACGUGUCGGUGACUCUGGAUACUGCUCUACAAAAACCAAGAGAAGUUUUCAGGCUACCUACAGAUUUGGCAGCUUGUGAUAAUCGUCUUUGUGCUUCAAUAUAUUUCUCCUCUUCCACGUGGGUUACUCUUUCUGAUGGAACAGGACGACUGUAUUUAAUUAAAUCAGGCAAGCGUGGGAACAGUGCAUCUGAAAAGUGGGAGAUUGUGUUUAACGAAGAACUAGGCAAUCCAUUUACUAUAGUACACAGUGUUUCAUUUGUAAAAUCAGAUAAACAUUCAGUAUCUGUACUGUUGCUUAGAGUAGAAAAAGAUGAACUAGACACAAAAGGAAGUGGGUAUCAUAUUGCCUUGGAAUGGAUCACAAUUACAGAGGCGAGCCAAGAGGGUGAUCAUAGAUAUGAGAUCUUCAAAAGGAGAGUCUUACAAGGAAAAUCAGUCCCUCAUUAUGCAGCAAUUGAACCGAGUGGAGAUGGUUUAAUGAUUCUUUCCUACAAACCAUUCAAAUUUAUGCAAGAUGAGGAAGACAAAAUAGAAGAAAAUACUGAUGAAAAAAUAACAAAUGAAAAGAAAGACCCUCUCUAUUACUGGCAACAGACUGAAGAUGACUUGACAGUAACAGUUCCCRUUCCUCAAGAUAUCACUAAGGAUGACGUAAAAGUACGUUUUUCCCCUGAUAAUAUAUAUGUUACGCUGAAAGACCAGCCUCCUUUGAUGGAAGGAAAACUCUAUUCAUCUGUGGACCAUGAAAGCUGCACGUGGAUAAUUGGAGAGAACAAAAGCUUGGAAAUUUCUCUAAYUAAGAAAAGUGAGGGACCCCAGUGGCCAGAAUUAAUAGUUGGUGACACAAGAGGAGAAUUGAUUAUUGACCCUUCUCAACGCGCUGCAAUGGCCGAAAGCCUGAUGCAUCUUACCUCUGAAGUCAUGAAUUCAAACCCAGACAAAGAAAAACCACCUUGUAAUGCACAAGAAUUAGAGGAAUGUGAUGCUUUUCUGGAAGACAGUGCAAGUUUGUGCAGAUUUGAUGGUGAUACCUUGAAAAUUACUCACAUAAUUAAUCUUGGAAGCAACCAGUACCUUUUCUCAGUCAUUGUGGAUCCCAAAGAAAUGCCCUGCUUCUGCCUGAGACACGAUGUUGAUGCUCUUCUCUGGCAGCCCCGCUCUGACCAGCCGGAGAACAUGUGGGAGCACAUUGCAACUUUUAAUGCUUUGGGUUAUGUGCAAGCCUCAAAGCAAGACAAGAAGUUCAUGGCUUGUGCCCCAAAUUMCUCCUACGCUGCUCUCUGCGAGUGCCUGCGUCGGGUCUUCAUCUACCGCCAGCCAACCCCGCUGCCCACGGUCCUCUACAACAGGAAGGAGGGCAGGCAGGUGGGGCAGGUAGCCAAGCAGCUGGUGGCGACCCUGGAAGCCAGCGAUCCCAUCUUAGGCUUUCAGGCUACCAAUGAGAGGUUAUUUGUGCUCACCACAAAAACCUUGUUUUUAAUAAAGGUAAACACUGAAAAUUAAUUAUUUAGUAUAUGCUGUUGUAGUUUGUGUUCGCAAGGGUAGAAGAACUAAGUAGGUAAAAUGAUCUGAGGAGUUCAUGCUGAAGCUUAAAAGGAAGUGGAACAUUUUACAGGGGAAUCAAUUUUUUUCUCUAGAAGGCUUUUCAACUUUGCUGCCACUGAGCUGAGCCUUUGGGGUUCUUCAGAGACCAAAAAAAGUUUCUUUGCUAUCAGCUUUCCUAAAGCUAUUGUUAGAGGCUGAUCCUGCAUAGGCAAAUAAGCUUUAUACCUUUUUUAUUAUUUUUAUUUUUUUUAUUAUKGUGCUUUUUAUAAUAAUUGGACUUGCCACACUUCUGAAUGUUGAAAAGUCAUUUCUGUUUCUAAUUGCCACUGUUCUUCUCUGAAGGAAGUACUCACAGAAGGAAAUAAAUUGAAUUACAAACAUAUAAUGUGCAAAGUAAAAUGUAUCAUAAAGAAAAAUUCAAAUACAAUUGAUCAGAGAUGAAUGUUUCAGUGUUAAAAGAUAUAGAAUGGAAUAAUAUAUUUCUUAUGCAGAUAUUAGAUUCAAGAGGAAUAAUUGCAUUGUCUAUUCAGAUUCUUGAUUUAUUUGAUCUGUGAUUUACGCUUGCAGUGAAAUCUCUAUUUUAAGAGACACUGUAAUAGCUUUUCAUAACACUUUCUUAAAGCAGAAGUAAGAAUGAAUGUAUAUCUGGUGAUUAUACAUUGUGCAGUACAGGUCAAGGUCAGUUUUCAUCUCAGUUGUCACUUUCAUCACAGGUUGUACCUGACUAAUUUACAACUCAAAAAUGGCUAGUAGAAAACACACCUGUACUUAAACCUGAGAUUUGAACUCCUCARGCGCUGCUUCUGCCUUAGAUACCCUCACACACAUUACUGCUUAGGAGGAGAGUUCAGAUUCAAUUUCAAAUCAAGAGUUCACAUUUGCUCCCUUGCUAAGGAAGGGUGCACUGAACAUGAGGGUGCCCUGAGGCUUCUGCUAACAAACAGGCGUGCCUGAUUUCUUUUAAAAGUUGCAUCUGAAGAUCAUUUCCUGUUUUCAAGUGACAAUGUUAAUCCAGUUAAACCAAAAAAAAGGAUCAGUUGUGACAGUUGCAGAGUUGUUUUGUUUUUUUAGUUUUUGUUUACAGCUCCACAGCAAAGAAACUCUUUGCUUAAGAGUUAACCAGCAUAUUGUGGGCUACUGGAAUACCGCUAUGAUUUAUAGUACCAGGGUACUGAAACAGAGGCAAACACAGUGAGUGGCUUAGUAGCAUGUGUCUUUUUUCAAGACUUAAGACUUCAUCUGUGGAGAGGAGAAGAUCUGUUCAUUUUUGUGGACUGCCAGCUUUGUAGCUGUGACUGCUUUGGCUCUCA